UGGGUGAAGUUGCUGAAUUGGGUAAAGGGCGAGUUAAGUUUAAGAAAACCCUCAAUAUCAUCACCGCCUCCACCCUGCGUUCUUUCUGGAUCUUGACCAUCGAUCCCCACAGACCACGGUAUGUUUUCGCCGAACGCCACCAUCAUCACGGAGGCUUAUCACCGUCAAUCACUUCUUCUGAGAGUUUUGGGAACCUUCCCAAUUCAUAUGAAACUCAUCAGCAUGCAUACAUUUUUUUAGUACCAAGUAUUUUGAUGCAAUUUUUAGCUGGCAUUCUUUUGUCACUUGUAUCUAAUGCAUCACACAUUCUUGGGGCCCGAUACACUACUUCGGAAGGAUCUUCAAGCAUUCAAGGCCAUGUCAGCUAACACUUCUGAAGAGAAUCAAAGGGAUUUUGGGGGAUUGUCGAAAAUAAAUAAUUCAAUUGAUGGAUGCUCUUCUGCUGGUAAUUACAAUGGGUCAUUAGACAAUCGUGAAGUAGAUAAUUAAUCUGGGAGGGAGAGAAUGGAGAAACUUUUGAGAAAUGCAGCUAUAGACAAUUAUUCAAGCCAGCUCACUACAGGAACUGCUAUAUCAGUGGACGUCUCUGAUAUUAAGCCACCUAAUGUUAAUGAUAUAUAAGCCAAAGUCGAAGCACCUUAUGGACACGUAGGUCGGAUAAUCAAAACCUCAGAGGGUAAGAUGGCCAUAAGUUCCUCCUGAACAGAUGAUAUUGCUCAUAUGCAUACUUUGGAGGUUAAAUGCAGUGAAACUGCCAGCUUGUGUCUACAGUCAUUUGAUGAAACGAUGCCUUAUGUCAUGUGUUUGUAUCUGGAGUGUACCACAGGGUUCAUAUUUGAUCAUUAUGAUACACAAUUACAUAUCCAUACAAGAAAUAUGGACUAAGCAAGAUGAUGAAAUGUAAAGUGAUGAAAUAUCCAGGGCUUAAAAAGGCCGUAGAUUGACGCUGAAGGAUUCAAAUGCUGUAUCCCCAAUUGAAAAGACAAUGAGUUCUUCACGGCAAGAACUGCAUCUGUCUGUUCAAGCUCUAUAUCUGACGAACAAUUUGGUGAAAAGCCUGUCCCAAUUUGGUGAUGAACAAUCGAACUUGAAAGUGUUGAAGGUUUGGCAUGAAAGGAUGAUACUUCCUGAAUCAGUCAUUCUCCCUCUCAUAACAGAGCUCCAGUCAUUCUCCCUCUCAUAACAGAGCUUCAGUCAUUCACCCUCUCAUAACAGAGCUUCAGUCAUUCGCCCUCUCAUAACAGAGCUUCAGUCAUUUUCUGGUUUUUCUUCUGGUGUGCAGUCUCCCGUCCCCCUUUAAGCACAGAGAGGUCUUUUGAUGAUCCAAUUCCAGAAAUUUAGGGUAUGAUGGUAGCUGAAUAUGGAAGCACAAUCAGCCGCUCCCCUCAGUUGGCCGCCCCUUCAACCGACCGGCCGUCAUCAUCAUCAAUUUAUCUUUUCCCUUCGUCAACCACAAUGGACUCGAAAUAGAUGAAUUGCGCCAGAUUGGAGAAAACUGAUAGAUGAAGUGCGCCAGAUAGGAGAAAACUGAUCUCAAUCCUUCGCUGCUUUUCAAAUUUGUGCGGCUAGUUUGCCAAUAUUAACGUAUCAUCUUCACUUGGAUUCAACCAUGGAAAUUGAGGCAGCCAACUCCGAUGUGAUGAUGGAUUCAUCUCCUGAGGUUUUUAAUGAGGCAUACACACAGUACCAUAAUUCAUUCAAGAAGUUAGCAACCAGAUUGGAUUAAAAUGGAUUCAACAAGAAGACCUGAAGUGAUGCAGUCAACAGGGAGAGUAUAUAUGAGCUGCACUCUUUUUCCCUUGACCAAGGUUUUUUCCCACUGGGUUUUCCUCAGCAAGGUUUUUAACGAGGCAACAUUACCAAAAUGUAUAAAGAGAGAAUGCAUAUUUUUCUUGUAAUGUAUUUUUAGCAAUGUACAUCCAAGGGGGAGUGUUAUGUAAUAUGUGGAUGUCCAUUACUCUCCCCGACCCAUGUAUUCGGCCCACUUAUCUAGUAACCCUAAUCCCCCUGUAUAAAUAUGUGUUAUAUGCUAAUGAAGAAUUAAGCUUUUGGCCUUGUUCAUAA